GGUGGACGUGCAAGCUGUAGAGGGGAUGGUGGCGCAGUUCCCGUGCGACCUGGGCACCGCCGCCAACGACAAGGUCUACAUGGUGUUCUGGUUCAGGGACGACGCCGGCAUCCCGCUCUACAGUUUCGACGUCCGUGGCAAGCACCUCUCAGAGGCGCGGCACUGGUCGGCCCCGGAGGUGUUCGGGCCGCGUGCGCAUUUCUCCACCUCGCCUCCGCCCGCGGCGCUGCUCGUGCGCGACGUCAAACGGCGCGACGAGGGCGUCUACCGCUGCCGAGUGGACUUCCGCAACACACAGACCACCAGUUUCAGAUACAACCUUACUGUUGUCGUUCCACCAGAGAAGCCAGUGGUGGUGGACCGCUGGGGCCGCGUCAUCAACACCACCACGCUCGGACCGCACGAGGAGGGCGACGACGUGCUGCUCACCUGCAGGGUGCUCGGGGGUCGCCCGGAGCCGUCAGUACGAUGGCUUGUCAACGGCGUGCUGGUCGACGAGGAGUAUGAGCAUAACACGGGUGACGUGAUCGAGAACCGGCUGCUGUGGCCGGCCAUCCGGCGCGCCGACUACGCCGCCGUGUUCACCUGCCAGGCCGCCAACUCGCACCUCGUGCCGCCCAAGGAGGUGUCGCUCGUACUUGAUAUGUUCCUGAGACCGUUAACAGUAGAGAUAAAGAAGCCGGCAGAAGUGGGUGAGGGUGGAGUGCUCACCGCCGAGCGGAGGUACGAGGUGGCAUGCGAGUCGGCCGGCAGCCGUCCGCCCGCUGUCAUCACCUGGUAUAAAGGCAAGCGGCAACUCAAGAGGAUAACGGAGGAGCUCCGCGACAACCUGACGGUGAGCGUGAUGAGCUUCGUGCCGACAAUGGACGACGACGGCAAGCCGCUCACCUGCCGCGCUGAAAACCCUAACGUCACCGCGCUCGCGCUCGACACCUCCUGGACCAUCAGCGUCGUCUAUCCGCCGGUGGUCCGUCUGCGGCUGGGCAGCUCGCUGGCGGCGGGAGACAUCAAGGAGGGUGACGACGUGUAUUUCGAGUGCCACGUGCGCGCCAACCCUAUAGCGAGGAAGCUCUCCUGGCUCCACGAUGAUCGUCCGCUGGCGCACAACGCGACGGCGCGCGUGUUCCACAGCAACCAGAGCCUGGUGCUGCAGAAGGUGACGCGCCACAGCAGCGGCCGCUACGCCUGCUCCGCGCUCAACGCCGAGGGCGAGACCGUCUCCAACGAACUCCACUUCAGGGUCAAGUAUGCGCCGUCGUGCCGGCAAGGUGGUGUGUCGGUGGUGGGCGCGGCGCGGGGGGAGUCGGUGGUGAUCGUGUGCGAGGUGGACGCCGACCCGCCCGCUGCAGUCUUCAAGUGGAAGUUCAACAACUCCGGCGAGACCAUCGACGUCGCCGCCGACCGCUACACCUCCAACGGCAGCGCUUCCAGCCUUAAAUACACGCCGGUGGCAGACCUAGACUACGGCACGCUGUCGUGCGCCGCUUCCAACGAAGUGGGCUCGCAGCUCGCGCCCUGCGUCUUCCAGAUGGUGGCUGCUGGCAAGCCGCAUGCGCCGCGCAACUGCACGUUAUGGAACCAGACGGCGGACUCAGUGGAGGUGUCAUGCGUGGCGGGCUUUGACGGCGGCCUGCCGCAGACCUUCCUACUCGAGGUCUACUCCGCCGACGGCUCCACACCGCGCGCGAACCUGUCGUCGGAGGAGCCGUCGUGGACGGUGCGCGGGCUAGAGUGGGAGGUGCGGUUCCGGCUGGUGGCCGUGGCGGUGAACAGCAAGGGCCGCUCGCCGCCCGCCGCGCUCGACGACGUGCUCUUCAGGGACCCCGAGAAACGAACCGCUUCGGAGGCGCCGCUGGGCGUGGGCGGCGUGGUGGGGGCGGCGGGCGCGUGCGCAGGCGUGGUGUGCGCGCUAGUGGCGGGCGCGUGCGCGGUGACGCUGCGCCGGCGCCGCCGCCCACGUCACCACAAGCCGCCACCCGCGCCCACGCACCACGCGCACCACCAGCACCCAGACUCACCGCGCGCCAAGCUCCCUGACCACGACGACGCGGAACCGGACCUCAUACCCAACAACUACUGUACGUAA